UUCGCUUAUAACACUCUUACUCCCUUCUACAUCGGCCUUGAAACAAAGCAAGUCGUUAAGUUCGAGAUUAAGUCCUUUCUUUUGGCUAAUUUCAUAAAUUAGUUAGUAAACUUACAGAUUAAAUUAAUAAAGCCAUGGACACCAACCCACCUACAUACGCCGACUCGGAUUCGCCCCUGAGAUCCUUCGUUCAGCCCAGGGGAAAUUUGUUACCAAGAUCACCAUAUCUAAACGUAGACACACACUUCGAUACGAAACCAGAAUUUAUCCUACCAGAAGGUGCUUCAAAGCAAAGAGGGAGAUUUGAAUUGGCCUUCGGUCAGAUCGGAGCGUGUUGUAUGCUCGGAGCUGCCUUCGGCGGCACUGGCGGUUUCGUCAACGGCCUCAAACAAACAACCCUAGCUGGACAAACUGGAAAACUUAGACGGACACAAGUUUUAAAUCACGUAAUGAAAGGUGGAGCAGCAAAGGCAAAUACUCUCGGUGUUUUGGCCGUUAUGUACAGCGGCUUUGGUGUUAUUUUAUCUUAUGCUAGGGGGACUGAUGAUGAACUUAAUACUUUAGCUGCCGGAACCGCUACUGGUCUUCUAUACAAAUCAACAAGUGGAUUAAAAAAAUGUGGGAUCGGAGGAGCCAUUGGUCUCAGUCUGGCCACACUCUGGUGCCUUGUGACUUCAAGGGAUAGAUUUCAGAGCAUGAUGGUAAGCUCGUACACUCCUGCUUGAGGAACUUGGUUUGUCUUACUUGAGAAAACGCACUCAUUAAAUUUGAUUAUCCCUGCUGUGUGAUUUCAUUGUUUAGUCAUAUAGAAAUAAUUUAUUAAGAUGACAAAUUUUGUAAAAUAAAAGCCUGUUAUAGAUGAUCAGUUUUUCUGUAUAUACGAAUUUUGUUAUGAAAUAGAGAAUAAAUGGAAUUUUAUUCUACAA